CCUGUUCAGGCAGCCCCGCGGCCGGCAGGUUAUCUUAAACAAGGGCAGCGCGGCUUCAACUCAUUCUAUCGCCAACACCUGCGGGCGGCAGGGUGCUUCGAGUCCACAGAUUUGCUUCCGAAUUCAGAAAAGUCUGUGACGUUGCUGCCGCAUCAGAAGGCUGUCGUGUAUGGGUUAAAGUCCGGCUUCACUCCCAGACUCCUCGUUGAUCACCGAACCGGAGCAGGGAAGACCUUGACAAUGAUCAAGAUACUAGACACGUUUUUUAUGUGUCCUUGGCCGAAGGUUGUCAUAGUCCCAACUGCCAGCCUACGCCAGAACUUCCUUCAGGAACUGAUCAAGUUUCCCAGUUCGUUGCGCCGCUUUUGGGCAGCCUAUCACCCGCAAUACGCCACAGAGUACUUAGACUUAUGCUUUCUGAUCGUCCUCGCAGGUGAUCCUUAUCGGCUAGUCGCUCUCGCUUCUAGCAUCAUUUACAUCCAUUUACAAAAUAAGGCGCCUACUAUGAGAUAGUGCUUGAUGGGAAUUGACUGGCGAAAGUGGUUUUGAUAGUUUUGAUGAAAAAGUGACCCAUUUGCAAGCAUCUUAUUGACUCGCACCCACAGGGCCUGUGGUGCAGAAAAUUGGGCCAGCCCAAACUGCAUUGAUGCUCUUUGGGUACCAAGGAGAGGAAUGGUUAAAAGUAUGGAGGACACAAUUGCGCUGAAGAACAAGAUACGACUUAACCAGCUGCAGCAGAAGCCUUUCGAGGAUCACAAGAGGAAGCUCCCAGGAAUCCACUGGCCACAAGCACCGACGCGCAUCCUAAGCUACGGCCAGGCUGGCGGUUGCGCGAUGCCGCGUGAGGGAACUUCCAAGGACCCAGAUCCGGUCCUGCGAUUUGGCAAGGAGCAGCGUAGUUUCUGGUCGGAUGCGGCUAUGUGGACGAGGACGAUUGUGCUACUGGAUGAAGCGCACAAUAUCGCGCGUGAGGAUAGCAAGUACAGGACGAAGCUAGAGAGGCUCCGCAACGCUCUGGGGCAAACAUCUGCGGACCGCACAAGACUGGUGAUGUUCACGGCCACACCAGCAGGCAACAGGUGCGGAGGCCCUGCUGACGUCGAUGAAGGCACAAGGCCGCUGAUUACGACUUUGCUGGGAAAAGAGAGACCAGAGUGCCAAUCCGAGGAGGGUUUUGUGAGCUAUUUCGACGCGCAAGGCGCCGGCUUUCCCACUGUGCAAACCUCAGCAUCUGUGGCGAGGACCUUAGGAAGCGCGAGCGCGUACAAGAAGGCGACGAUCCAGCAGGUCACUAUGGGCAGCUCGGUCGCCUUACGGUACGUCAGGACACAUCUGCAGCCGUCGGCGUUUGACGAGGAGAAGAGGCGAAAGCAGCUGCAAGCACGGUGUGGCGUAUGGGUGCCGCCACAAUUUGCGGCACGCGUGGAAAACGCACACCUCCUAGAGGAAGCAACCGCACAGGAGUACGCAACAAAAGCGUACCAUGCUGCGCAAAAGAUUCGCGCAAGUAGGCAGAAGGCGCUUGUGCUCUGUCGCAAGCGUGAUGGACUACAGGCAGUGGCGCGCGUUUUCCGCAGCAUGCUUGGGCCGAGUGGUAUUGAGGUGAAGGUGUUGAUAGACAGGGCCAAGGCUCCCGCAGCAAUGCAACAGUUCAACAGCGCCGACAACACCGUAGGAAGCAAAGCCCUAGUGCUGAUUGCAGACACAGAAACAUGCGGCGAAGGCGUUUCGUUUUUUCAGGUACAGGAAAUAGGUAAGUGCGUGAACAUGUUGAAGACGAAGAAUAUAACUAGGAGAGCGUCUUUUCUUUAUUAGCAGGAAGCUGACUCGUGCCGCAUAGAAAUGCUUGGCCCAGCGGAAACUAUCUAUGCUUUUGAUUCUCCAGUCCGUUCUUCGUUUUCCACUCAGGUGCGGCAGUGCCACUUUUUGUCAAUGCCGGAGUCCGUCAGUGAAUUUUAUCAGUGGCUUGGGCGUUCCAACAGAUUUCGAUCGCACCACGCGCUACCCCUCCCGGACAGAACAGUCGAGUACUUUUUGUACGUUGCUGAGUUUCCUUCGUGCUGGCAUCAUGGUCUCCAGCCAGGUGCUGCGGCUUGGUCGUUUUUCCGCACGUUAAUGGGGCCCGCGCUGCGGAGCCGCAUAGAGCACAAAUUUCUUCAUAACGUGCGCAGGCUCGUCGACUUUUACCACAAUAAUGCUGAGGAUCUUCGUGCGGCGUUUGGAAAGAAGAGAGCAGAUCGCGACCCAAUUCUGGAAGAGUUGGGUAUCAAGUCGAAUCCGCUAGCUUCGUUUUGGGAGAAGACCAGGGAGUGCGAGGCUUUGCAACUCCUCCGUCAAACUGAGGACGAGAAGCAGUUGCGUAAAUUGAAGCGAAACAUCGAAACUUACGAGACCGCCAUCCAGAUGUGGCGGCAGAAAAGGGCAUUUGACUGGGGCUGUUACUAAGCUUGGAAUGACCACAAAGAAAGAUCAAAGUUUCACCGUUUGCCGAAUAUGGAGCACAAAAGCCGCUUCGCAUGAUCGGCCAUAUUAUCGUCAUUUAUUCACAGAAGAUGCAAAGUCAUCAAAUGCAGUGAAGUUCAGUGUGCGUGCAUCAACUCCCUUACAGCCGUUCCCCUAGAUUUCUCGCGGAUCCGUUGUAUAUUUCAAAUUUAUUGUGAAGCACGCAGAUAGGAAUUUGAAAUCUUAUCGACCUUCAAAUACGACUAAGAAAGAUUACCUAUUUGUUUUCCUCAUUGGAAAUCCUACUUCUUAACGACGUAAUAUUCACUCGAAUUAUACCUUCCUCUAUCGAUUACCUAUUUCUUCGUGUGUGUAGUGACAUUACUUAGAAUUACUACUGUUUUCCUUUCAACAUAGAAGUCGUGUCGCGACCAUUUCCUCUUGUCCUUUUAUUCGUUUAAAGUAAUCAGGCGUAACUUCAAUGAUUCCAAUGAUGAUCAUGCCUAUCAUAUUCGCUCACGAAGCCGUAUUUUUCGAAUCUGCGAAUUUUUGUGUACUACCAACAUCUGGUACUCUGACUCUCAUGUGCCAUAGCUCGUGUCUGAAUCCCAAACGCGAUCAUUGUCUCCUUAGUAGAGCAACUGUAGUUGAUGAUUGAACAAAUUUCCUAAAAUUCCUAGAGCAGGCACACAUCUCAUCUCUACUUUUCCUUUCCAAAGAAGUUAUGUUGCAAAGACCAAGCAACGUGCACGUUGAGGUUGUCGGGCCUACAACAUCUUGGAGAUUUCAACUAGCGGGAAUGGUCUUGCC